AUGGCCAGAACCCCGUUAUUAUUCACUUCAUUGUCAUUGCUUUUCACUCAGUUCCUAUUCACCCCAUUUGAUGCUGUUCUUGGUUCAAAAGGAUCACUUGAAUGCCUUAAAGUUUCUCAUGCCGAGUUCACUAACUCAGCGAAAGAAGUUGUUGGUGUCUUGAAAAGUGUUACAUCCACUCUGCAUUCUGAGUUUGUUAGAAAUGGCGGCGGCUUUGUCGAUGAUCAUCGCCUUUCGAGCGCUGUUUCGGCGUGCCUUGAGUUGAUGGACUUGUCCUCCGAUGAGCUCAGCUGGGUUGUGUCCGUUUCUGAAAGUCCCAAAGGCAAGCAUAACGGCACUGGUAAUUUGAGCUCUGAUUUGAGGACAUGGCUAAGUGCUGUUCUUGCCAACACAGACACAUGCAUGGAAGGAUUAGAAGAAGGCACCACCAGCAGUGUCAAUAAUAUAAAGAAUGCAGUAACCGCUUCCAUCAACAAAGUGAACACAAUGGUCCAGGAUCUCCUAACACAGGUGCACCCUGUUUCGUAUAACAGGGUGAGCAAGAGCAAACUUGAGUUUCCUUCUUGGGCCGAAUCAGAGGAUCUUGAGGGUAAAAAGUUGCUAAUGGCGGUGGAUGCCGUUGUGGCUUUGGAUGGGAGUGGGGACUACACACGUGUGAAGGAUGCUGUGGAAUCAGCGCCUGAGUAUAGCAUGAAACGCUAUGUGAUACACAUUAAGAAAGGUGUGUAUUGUGAGAAAGUUGAGAUCCAUAGCAAGAAAUGGAACCUUGUGAUGAUUGGAGAUGGAAUGGAGAAUACCGUUAUCACUGGUAACUCGAGUCGUUAUUUCAAUAAUACCACCACAUACAUGACUGCAACCUUUGCUGUGGAAGGCAGAGGGUUUAUAGCACAAAACAUUUCCUUCCAUAACACUGCAGGGCCAAGAGGGAGCCAAGCAGUAGCUCUAAGAUCACAAUCCGAUCUCUCAGUCUUCUACCGCUGCGAAAUCUCCGGCUACCAAGACAGCCUCUACGCCCACUCCAACCGCCAAUUCUACCGAGAGUCCAUCAUCACCGGCACUGUAGACUUCAUCUUCGGCCGCGCCGCCGCAGUCUUCCAGAACUGCACCAUACUUGCCAAGAAAGGCUUACCGGAACAAACCAACACCAUAACCGCUCAAGGCGCAAACGACUCCACCUCACCCUCCGGCUUCUCCAUCCAAUUCAGCAACAUCUCUGCACAUUCUGAACUUCUACCUUUCUUGAACUGCACAAGAACGUACCUUGGGAGACCAUGGAAGGAAUAUUCGAGAACGGUUUUCAUGCAAUCUUACAUGAGCGAGAUGGUGAGCCCGCAAGGGUGGAAAGAAUGGAAUGAGACGUUGUAUUUGAACACACUUUACUAUGGUGAGUUCAUGAAUUAUGGGCCUGGAUCUGGGCUUUCUGAGAGAGUGAAGUGGCCAGGGUAUCAUGUUAUCAAUGACUAUGAUGAAGCUAGUAACUUCACGGUGGCCCAAUUUAUUCUGGGGGAUCUAUGGUUGCCAUCAACGGGUGUGAAUUAUGCAUCUGGUUUCACUAAAUAUUACGGAGAGAGCAAACUCGCCUCCCUCUCCGCAUGUGAGUUCUCUUCGUCUCUCCCAUUCUCUUCCAUUCUCAUUGGCGCCGCUUCACUUCCUCAUUCUCCGGUCCGAUGCUACCCAGACUCCAGCACAAACACCGAGCACAAGCGCCGUCACCGUCUAAUCACUGCUCCGAUGACUGGCCAAGAUGCCUUGUCCACAGCAGAGAGGGAGAGCUCGGGAGCAGAGCAGAGAGGGAGAUCUGAGGCUGAGCUGGGAGUCCAGCCACCGCGCCCGGCCGUGCUUACGUCGCCGGCGUCGCCUCUGUUGGAACCGCCGUGUUGCGCGAAGCUAACGCUGCUGCCGCUGGAAACCGCCACCGAAGCCGGUGUCGUUCGGAGUUGCUGCAAGUUGCCGCCGCCGGAAUCACUACCAGGGCCGCCGCUUGGCUCAGAACGUCUCUGCUGCCACCGAGUCCCGCCGGCGGUAAGAGUUUUAAGUUUGGUUACUGUUCCUUUGGAAUUUCUGGGAAGAGUGUUGAUAACGCGUGGUUAUACAGCUGCUGUUAUUAGAUAUUCAGACCGCCGUUGUCGCCCGAAAGUUAUUGAUGGAGCUGCUGCCGGGCAGAUUUGA